AUGAUGACCGAAUACGAUCAACAACAUAGUCAACGUGGACAUCAACCUUAUGACCAACGUGGAUAUCAACAAUACGAUCAACGUGGAUACCAACAAUAUGAUCAACAUGAUCAUCAGCAAUAUGAUCAACGCGGAUAUCAACAAUAUGAUCAACAACAACCACAACAACGUUCAACAAUACUUGAACGUGGUCGAGCUAUACGAUUAAUGAGAAAUGGAGAUCCAUUUUUUACUGGUCGAAAUUUUGUUAUUAAUCAAAAAAAAUACCCAAUGUUAGACGUAUUCUUAGAUGAUGCAUCACGAACAUUACGUGCUAAUUUUGGAGCUGUUAGAUCUAUUUAUACACCAAAACAUGGUACACGAUUACAAGAUAUAUCUGAUUUUGAAGAUCAUCAAACUUAUGUAGCAGCUGGUGGAGAAAAAUUUAAAAAACUUCAUUAUCUUGAUAUUGCAGAAGGUAAACGUGUUGUAACUAAAGGACAAACAUCACCUAAAGUUCAUCUUCCACCUGUUCGACGUAUAGAUGCUGAAGGGCGAGCAUUAAAAUUAUCUCGCUCAGAAAAUGUUAUAAUCUAUGUAUAUCGAAAUGGUGAUCCAUUAACAUUGCCAGCUAAAGUUCUCUUAGUAAAACCAACAUUACAAAAUUGGGAAUCAGUUCUCGAUGAAAUUACCAAAAAAGUAUCACUUCCAAAUACAGCAGUACUAAAAAUAUAUGCAAUGAAUGGAGAAUUAAUGACAUCAUCACGACAACUUGAAUAUAAUGGAAUGUAUGUUGCAGCUGGUAAAGAACGUUUCAAACGUAUUGAUUAUCCUGAUCCACAGCUACUCAGUCCUAAUUCUUCACCAAAAAUGUCAAGAAAAUCUUAUACAAAAUCCGAUGGAACUUAUACGCAUACAACUACAGCUAAUUCUUAUGGUAGUACAGAAAAUACUACACAACGACGUCCUGCUCGAGAAGAAUAUGAUUUUUUUAAUAAUAAACCACAACAACAUCGACGCGGUCCAACUAAAGAAACCGAUCUUGAUCGAGAUGACGGUGGUAUUUACAAAGGUCGAUUGACACAUCGAGAACGUGUACGUGAAGUUGAUGAAACACGAGAUACAAAAGUUGAUAUACCAGUUGAUCACAGAGAAGCUGAAACUGUUCAAGAAGAAACUUUAUAUGGAAAUAAUCGAAAAAAUCCUGAUCGUCAUCAUCAGUUACCACCCAGUCAACCAUAUCCUGAUUCUCGACAACAGCCAAUAAAAAAUCAACCAAAAAAUUAUAAUCAUGAUGAUGAUAAUCGAAAUCCCUAUACUAAUAAUCGAAGUAAUGGUUACGAUAAUGAUUAUCAUUAUCGUAGUCAAACGCCAAUCGAUGAUGAUCAAACUGAACAACAAUUACCUCAUUCAUCAUAUCGACGACCACUUAAAUCAUCAAGUACACAGCGUGAUUAUGAUGAUGACAAUCGUCAUGCUUAA